AUGAACCCUACAAGAAGGAAACACAUUGUACAAGGAUCUCCUCCCAGUCAGAAGAAGACUAGCAGAGAAACUUUGUCCGUUAAACAAGCCAACAACAAGAAGAAGGUCGGAAGUCUUUUUGAUAAACUCAAGAUUGGCCGAAAGAAAUUCCAUUUCAAGAAACUCCCGCCAGAACAAGGGAAAACAAAAGACGAAGGCACGAAGGAGUCCAAAACUGCAAGAUUAGUAAAAUAAAAUUUGAAUUAUAUUUAGGAUGACAAUGACCAUGAACCCACACAUGAAGAAGAAGAUCAGAAAGCCCCGCAUCCCGGAUGCCGUCGAGUUAUUCCUACAAUAAAGGACUGCCGAAGUCCCCCUCCAGAAGAGACCACAGCCUCGACAGAGCAUAUUGGAGAAAUCAAAAAAUUAAUCGAGGAUGGGAAGACUGUUGUGGAAUACGAGAAGAUCAAGGAAGUGGCCAAGGAAUUCGCUUUGGUAAAAGUAGUGAGCCAAAACAAGGUCGUUUAGCAUGCUGCCAAAUUGACGCCCAAAGGAGCUGUAGAAGAAUAUCAAACCGAACUCAAGAAGUUUAUCCCCUCAGGCAUGACCAAACAAAAUUUUGAGAAGAACCACCCGAAGAAUCGAUAUAAAGGUGAGUGAAGGAUGACCAAAUGAUGGUCGCUUAGAUGUGAUCUGUUGUGAUCAGGAGCGAGUGAAGCUGAAGGACAGCGCAGGAACUUGUUGUGGAGAUUAUAUCCAUGCCAAUCAUGUCCGAGGCCCCCCUUUAAAUCCAAAUCAACACUUUAUACUUACUCAAGGACCCACUCCUUAUACGGUCUCAGACUUCUGGAGGAUGGUGAAGCAAGAAAAUGUUCAGCAGAUCAUAAUGUUGUGUGAGACUGUAGAAACGAAAAAGCCGAAGUGCUUACAGUACUGGCCUUUGUUCGACAAUGAUAUCAUGAAACUGACUGAUGCAAGUAAGAUGUCAUCACUUGUAUUAUGAUUGCUAGAUCUCGUGGUUACCAACAAAGGCCGAUAUCUCCAUUGCCCAGGAACGACGACCUCUGUUCUCGAAUUGAAGGAUACCAGGAAUGAGCAGGCCAUCAAUCUAUUCCAUCAUCAAUGGAAAUUGUGGCCUGAUCGGAGUGUCCCGGACAAUCCAGAUGGCCUUCUGAAGUUGCUUCAGAUGGCACGAGCAUGUCCUCAAGGUCAUUCUGUCAUCAUCCAUUGCUCAGCAGGGAUCGGAAGGACAGGAACAAUUAUGGCGGCAGAGAUGGGGAUCCAGACAUUCCUUCAGAACAGAACACCAAAUGUCUUGCAGAUAGUACGCGCACUCAGAGGCCAGUUAUUGUAGAUUAAUAUUCAAUUCUCGAAGACAAUAUUACGUAACUGUCCGAUUUUAGAGAAGAGAGCUCAAUGUGUUCAGACCGAUCUUCAAUACGCAUUCAUCUUCAAAAUCCUGCUCUGCUGGUUGGAAAAAUUAAAUCCGGAUGCUGAGACCACCAAGGCUCUGGAAGAUUUCUUCGAAGGUUUCCAAAAUAUUGUACAAGCCCUCAGAUUUAAAGAGAAAUCAGGGCUGAAGGAUGCGACGGAUAAGAACCGAAAGGGUACCCCUCGAAUCACAUCAUUAGAAAAGACACAGGGUGGUUACCUGGAAACAAGAAACCAAGCAAAUUGUGCCAACUCUCUUCCCACCUGCCUUUGA